CCACUCCAUCGCUACGAACCCCACCCAGGACCCGGGAGCACUUCAGCUAAAGGACCACCAUGAACACCAUGCUGAUCCACUGCCUCUGCCUGGGGCUGGCCCUGGCACUCAGCCACUCCGCCCCACCGAACCUGGAUAUGAUGAUGGCAGAUAUGGGCCAUGAUCACUCUCACGAUGGCCAUGAUCACGCUCACGAUGGCCAUGAUCACGCUCACGAUGGCCAUGAUCACGCUAGCGAAGGUCAUGCUCACGUUCACGACGGUCAAGAUCACGUUCACGGUGUCACUGGUCAUGAUCACGUUCACGAUGGUCAUGUUCACCACCACGCCGACCAUGAACAUGUGGCUCAGAUUGACCGCUGUGAGGCUGUUGAGUUUGAUGCCAUCGUGCCGGACGCUAGUGGAGUCCCCCUCUUCUUCAAAGGGGACUUCAUGUGGAGGGGCUUCCACGGACCCUCUGAGCUGAUCAAUGGCUCCUAUAAGGAACUGAUUGAGCAACACGCGGAGCUGGGUAAAAUCAACGCUGCGCUAAGCAUGAUCGCCGAGGAUUCUGACAAGCACGUCUUCUUCUUACUGAAUGACAAGGUGUUCAGCUACCAUGACCAGACCCUGGAAGCGGGCAAUCCCAAGGCCUUCUCUGAGGUAUUCCCCGGGAUCCCGAACCACGUCGACGCGGCUGUGGAGUGUCCCAAGGGAGAGUGCGUGCGAGACACCGUCAUUUUCUUCAAAGGCUGUGAGGUCUUCCACUACGAAACCCAAACCAAGAAGGUGAAGUCCAGCCACUGGACCCACAUGCCCAACUGCACCUCCGCCCUGCGCUGGCAGAACAACUACUACUGUUUCCACGGGAACCAGUUCACCAAGUUCCACCCAGUCACCGGCAGCGUGACCGGCACCUACCCCAAAGACGCGCGCGACUACUUCAUGAAGUGCCCCAACUUUGGGCUUCUGAGCAACCACACAGAGAGGGAGCGCUGCAGCCACGUUCCCCUGGACGCCAUCGCCUCCGACGGCCUGGAGAGGGCAGUGGCCUUCAGAGGUCAGUGA